AUGGAACACAAGGCGCUCAAACAGCCCACUAUGGUGUCCAGGCUGCCCAAGUUUGGCUCUCGCCCACCAGGUGCCACCAGUGCCUGGCCCACAGCAUCCGUUGUUCCUGUUUGCUCUACGGGGGGAAAAGGUGUUACCAAAGGGAGUCAGAGUGGAUUCACUCAGAUGCCCCCAUCACUCUCUAUGAAAUGGAAGAAAGGUAAAGUAGACUGUAAAGAGGAGGAAGAUAGGACAGGCUCGCGUUCUGUGCAACAGCCUCAGUCACCGGUGCCAUUAAGGGAGAUUAAGAAACCCUCUACACCCAGUGGUAAGGUGCGGCGUUCUGGCCCUGUGGUGUCUACCACCAGCCCAAGGACUAUCCCCAACUUCAACAGAGGCAGCACUUAUAGUGCUGCUUCCAAACCUGGACAGUGUCUGUAUAAUGGCAGGAGCAGUAUGAAUGGGGUUGGUGGCGGGGCUGGACACUCUAACUCUUCAGGGCCUGGCCUGAGUCCUGAUUCCUCGCAGAGGGGCAGGCUGAGUAGCCUGUCCCAGUCCAGUGACAGCCUAAAAUCCCUUUCCCAGGAGAACAUCGUGAGGUCUAAUAGCUUCACGCACUUCAAAAGACUCCCGUCCCCGACCAAUCAGCCCAUAACCCGUUCCCUCUCCUUUAACCGGGCCACUGAUGUGGCCAAGGAGAUGCCCAGGCCUUUGGCCAAGUCGCCAUUAGCCAGAUCACCCAAUGGCAUGGCCGGCCCCAAUAUAACCGGUGUCGGUAAAAGUAUGAUAGCGAAACCAACAAUGUCCUCUGGCACGGGAUGCCCAUUGCCACCUACAAUGAUGAAGUCCCUUCUGCCCAGCUGUCCAGGGAACAAAUCCCCAGCGCUCAGCUACAAGCUAACGCGGCCGACGUUCAUGAAGCGCCCACAGCCGCUUCAGGUAAGGAAGGUACUGGCUGACUCUGAGUCAGCACGGGAAGGGAAAGAAUCAAAUGAGACACCAUCUCCCACAUCAGAUCUGAACAGUAAUGCAGAAAUUACUGGAAUAACACCUGAGGAGCCUUCAGAGUCUAAAGAGACAGAGCCCAGCUUGGACCCUGCGAUGGAAGUCGCAGAAGACAUGUCUCUCUCCUCGACCUCCUCUCUUGAGCGCAAUGACACCAGUGAGGAGUACAUGGACGACUUUGACAACCUUGGUAAUGGAAGUGGAAUGUUGCUACUGCACAACCACGAAGGAGAGAUCGCUGAAUCAGACUCACAAGCACAUGAUAACGCUCCUGUAAAUCAGUAUUGUGAUGUGUCACCAGUGACAGACUCACACAGUUUCUUGACUGACGACGUAGACUGGGGAGAUAUAGUACUUACAGGAAGUAAAGAGGAGUUAGAGAUCUCUCCUUGCCAUCUGAACCAGAGCCUUCCCACAGGAGGAGAGUUCCCAAAUGGCUCCUCACUGGACCUCUCGCCCUCUGAUAGUUCAGGGGGUAUAUACAUGUGGGAUGAAGAGGGGCUGGAACAUUUGGGUAGCAGUAGACAGCUAUGUGGGAGCUACAACUCUGACCUCAACAGCAUGGACGUUCUUAACAAUUUGGAAUCUUGUGAUUUGGAGGAAGAUGACCUCAUGCUGGAUGUCGACCUGCCUGAAGAUGCUUCCUUACACAGUGAUGCAGAUGGGAUUUCUCAUUUGGACCACUCAGGGAGGGCAGACUGGCCAAUGCAGUGGAGGAGGAGACAGCAAGGUGCUGUUUGUGAGCCGUUUGAUGGCUGUCAGGACCAAGGUGUUGGGUACCUGGGGUCAGGCCAGUUGCCUGUGGACGAACUGAUACUAAAGCACAUGGUUGAAGACUGCUUCUCUGUUAAAGAACAGCUGCUACAAUUGAAGAGACUGCUGGAGAUGGAGGAAGAGAGCCAUGUAGAAGAUACAAUGGUAUCUGAAAUUUGUAGUCAACAGUCAACAGUGGAGCAAAGCUGUGAUCAGCAAGUGGAAGAUUUAUUGAAGGAGGUUCAGGAGCUGAGAGAAGAAUUGAGAAGAAAAGACAAUAUGAUUUCUGAGCUCACCCAGCAAAUGUCUACCCCAUUGGAGACCACCAGGUGCCAUUGCCUGCAGAGGGAAGAGGAGAGCCAGGAGGAGAGACACACUCUGCAUGAUAAGAGCACUCAGACUCCAUGGAGGAGCCAAGCUCCUCAAAUACUACAGCCUUCCAGCUUCCUGCAUAAUGAGCACCAGUUCCAGCAAAGACGAGCAAAUCCACACACAGAAGACCCAAGUGGACGUGUUAAUGCAGGGACUAGUGACCGCCUACUGAAAGUUCAGUCCUGUCCUGCACCUCCGCCAGGCCCUGCUGCUAUGUGUCCUUCCUCCAGUGCUAGUAGUGCUGCUGCUGCUGUUGUCCCGUCCUCCCCUCUGUGCUCUGGCCCUAAUGAGCUCCGACUUUUUCUCGGCACUCAUCUAAAAAUCACUGACCCGGAUCGGCUGGAGCCCAGUCAGACUUCUCGCCAGCGGUCGGAGAAGAAAUCACAAAAGAAGCUCGCCUUGCACACAUUUCAGCCCCCCAGCCUAAACAAGAGAACCUCCGCUCUGAUUAAGCCACAGGAAAGUCCUGCAGGACCCGCAAAGACGCGGCAUGGGGCCCAGAGCAGGACCGGACUUAGAGUGGAUUCCGCUAGUCCAUCCAGGGCUAAGAAACUGCACUCGCCAUCUCGAGGUCUCCUCAGUUUCAGCUCAGCCCCGCAGGCCGUGGCGCCCGCCUCUGCCACCGCUCCGUCGCACUCUGCUCAAGACCGCUCACAGAGACAGACGUCAGCUCACAGAGAAGCAGUGGCCAGACCCCGGGGCUUACUCGCACCCAAUCACUCGCGCCUUCCCAAGCCAAAAAGUCACUGACUGUCUUCUAGACACAGCCCUGGAGCAAGGCCAAACAAGAAUACCCCCCCCCACCCACCCAGCCGCACACCACCACAACUCUUUCCACUUGCAGUCCUCCAACAUCCUAACUAAAGCCAGCUCAGGGCCUCCCGCAGGACUCCCAGCCUCCCCUCUGGCAAGGUCGCUGCUUAAGCUCUGUGUGAAAUUCUAGUCUCAAAAUCCUAUUUAUUCUUUGGAACAUUACCUACAGUAGAAGAGCAUUAGAUGCACUGUGCUCUCAAAAUAACACAUACACUCAAGGCCGGCCCAAAAAACUGCCUAUGUUACUCUGCUCCUCAGGAGUUUCUCACAUGAGGGGAACUCUAAUGCUUAAGGAACCGCUAAUGUGAUGUAUUACACUCAAUUUUCCCACUGUCAGUGCUAGGUUUAAAACGAAGCA